AUGUCCUCAACCAAUACCGAAGAACGUACCCGCAAACUAUGGCAAGACAAGCAGCGCCAGGAGCACGCGAAGAUGCGUCUCUGCGACGACCUUCAGCGCGAGGCCGUGACAUACAACAACAAAGCUCUCCACUAUCGGCAAGAGCGAGAUUUCUUCCAAUCAGUUCGAAAUGGCGUCCGUAGGCAGGAGGCUCAACUUUCGCUUGUAUGUACUUUGGGCAACAAGACACAUUCUUCCCUUUCAGUAUUCAUUACCCCGAAUCGGCAAUUCGCUAAUGAGCUAUUGCAGGAACAAUGGUCAGCGCAUGCGGUCGGCAAACACUACGACCUAGAAAAGCAGAUCAAAAAGCUCGUCGUCAUCACCGCGGCCCGCAAGAAGCUUCAAGAACAGCUCGGUAUGCCUGCUACUGAGGAUGGAUAUGUUGACUGCGGCAAGCAUGCUGGAAUCGGCGUUCGACACUACAUGGACGAGAACAUGGGCGGUUCUUCGCUUUUCGCGGACGAGGAGUGGCGGUCGUAG